AUGGUCAUUCAUAUGGAACAAGUUCUUUUUCUUCUGCUGCUUUCGCUGUAUGCGACCGUAGCCGUUGGCGAUCAUGCACCGCCAUUUAAGCCACUGCACCCCUCGGCCUACACUAAAUCGCCCCUGAUGUAUCCGAGCUUCGUGCCCAAGCAUGGCGUCGGACUCAAGCCUUACAUGACGCAGUUCCGUGCAGGCACGCGUCUAGCACCAGUAGCGAUACGGCCAGCUCCAUCAAUGAUUAUGAGUUUGAAAAGACCCAUCAAAUCCAUUCUAAGCCACCCUUCGCUUAUGAAGCAACCGCUACUGAAACGUCCCCCGCCAUCGUUAGCAUUUGCUGCGGCCAGCAUUAAGCACCACAAAUUCCACAGUUCGCCACCAGGACCGAGCACGGGUGAGAUCGUGUUCGAGAAGCUUAAGCCGAUUACCACGAAGCUGACAUCUCACAAGGAUGGAGCUAUCCAUACGAUCCCCGCUCCGAACCUGGGACUGACGAAACCUCCGAAAACUCCAAACCAGAUACGCGUAACGUCCUACGACGAUAGCAACAAGCUGGAGAUCGAGGUGAAAACAACCAAGCCAACGUAUACACCGCAACCCGCCUUUUUGAACCUAAGCCCAACCCCUGCUCCCGUCGCUGGGGUCUACAGUCAUCAUGCAAUCAGCCAUCCACACCAGUAUCAGGUGACUGAAGAACAUUCGAACGAUGUGACCAUAGGUGAUUUGUACUCCGGCAAAAAGACUUACUUCGCACCUGAUCCGGACCCAUCGCUGCCAAGCAAAACGCUCGUACCGACGUCCGAUCCGCUUAGCAUACCGAGCAAUGGGAAGUUUGCUCCAACCAGCGUGCUCGUACAAUCUCCGGUAGCACACUACCCGGUGCAACCGCAAUCCAGCGCCUCGGCCGUGAUCCAGUACGUCAACGCAGUCCCGCAGGCCAGCUACGCUAUACCGCUCGCCACCCAACCGCAGCUACAGCAACACAUUCUACAGCAAACUGCGAUGCUGCAGGAGAUGCCUGUUUCGCUCUAUAAUCCCACCUAUCUUGUGACCCAAUCCAACAACCUCUUCAAUACCCACCAACAGCAGGGAUCCGCGAAUCUCUUCAAACCGGACACCAGCUUCCUUGGAACGAUGCAGCAACAGCAGCCACCACAUCAACAGGUUCAUCAUAUCCAAACACAAACGCAGGCACCACCGGUCCCAACUACCGUGCUUUUCAACUCGUACAACACAGCCUACAAGCACAACGAACCAGCCGCCAGCACGGGUCAGAUCCUUUCCGCUACGCAGGAUCAACUGCACGAGCUACAAUCCGUGGUCAAUCAAAUUCAGCUGAAUGACAUACACAACCACCAUUCGUCCGAUAUGCCUACGUACGCGCAGCUUGUAGGACACGAGCAACCGGCGAUUCAUCAACAGCAGCUUCCCCAGCUAAACCAGCUCGAACAACAGCUUCAGCAACAGCUGAUCCAGCAACAUCAGCAGGAAAAGGGAAACCCGCAGCGGCCGAUGACGGAUGCCGAGAUUGCGAACCUUCUCAACUACGGUAUGAUUAAUCUGCACAACAAUUUAUCUCCGAGCGACUAUUACCAUUAUCAGGUAGAUCAACCGACGGCUGUACAGUCAUCGGGGCAACACACGUUCUACGAGCUGUCGGAGCGGCAGAAGGAAAACGAUCGUAUACUGGCACAGGCACAGCAGGAGCUGUAUCACCAACAGGCACAGCAGCAGCAGUACCAGCAGCAACAGCAACAUCAGUAUCAGCAGCAGUUACAACAUCAGCAGGAGCAACACAAUGUACAACAGCAUCCGCUGCCCCAGCAGUACCAGCAGGAUAGCCAUUCCGACUAUUUGCAGGCGUACCAGGAGCAUCAGCUGGCCGUUUCCAACAUUCUAGGCCUGCAAGACAAACAAUCUGCACCUGGAGGUACUGCACAGCAACAGCAGCAGUACCACCAACAUGCCGCCAUCGGAAGUACGAUCGAGCCACAAACGACCCAAAGCCCGCUACGGAUAUACGUACCAGAUGGAGAGCACGAAUACUCCAACAAUAUAAAUGCACAAAAACGGAUGGAUGAGAUCGAUUUUGAGUACGCCGAUGCGGACGAAGGCCAGGAUCAGAGUUUGGAGGAUAGUACUGCGACAAAUGCCCAUGCGCGGAACGAUGAAGCUAUCACACCAUCCUCAUCCGACGAUAGUACCACCACCAAUGCCUUCUACGAUGAACGGACAGCGGAUGAUGACAGCGAAGGUGAAAGUGUGUACUACAACAAGAAUCUUAACAACCAUCGGCUCGACUGAGGAUCG